ACCACCAGGCAUCCUUUGGUUUCCCGCCAGAAGCAUUCGUCUACUCCCUUCGUGCUCUUCGAACCGAAUACCACCUCCUAUCCUCGACUCAAACGCCCGUCACAGCGAGACCGCUUGUCCAAGCCGUCCGUCGCUGAUCCCUCGGUCCCAUAAACAAACCCAUUUCCCACCGUCACCCCCGAACAGACGAGUUUAUGUCAAUUGAAAAUCUCAAGUCCUACGACCCCUUCGCCGAAGCCGACGAAGACACCGGAGAGACCAAACAGUCUCAGAAUUACAUCCAUAUACGGAUCCAACAGCGCAAUGGACGAAAGACUCUGACCACCGUUCAGGGUCUUCCAAAGAAAUUCGACCAGAAGAAAAUUCUCAAGGUCAUCAAGAAGCAAUUUGCCUGCAAUGGCACCAUCGUAGCUGAUAGCGAGAUGGGCGAGGUCAUCCAGCUCCAGGGUGACCAGCGCAAGGUCGUGCAAGAGUUCCUCAUCAACAAGAAGGAGGGUCUCGGGCUAGACACCAAGGGCAUCAAGGUCCACGGUUUCUAAGCCCGCCGCAGGUCGCCGCCGUUCCUACCAAUCAAGGCCACUCGGCCGUGGUUGACGUCCGGGCUACAGGACGGAGAGGGCAUAGAAGGCCACUCCUCCCGCGCCGCUCAGUGUCGGCGCCCGAUUUGACGUAGUAGGACGGUACACCUUCCACCGACGGAAGAGGUUGUCAGUGGAGGUACAGGGCGACUUGCGUCAGCUUCGACGCAUGAUGAGAUGGGCAGAUAUCGAGCAUAUCGCAGGGCUCGCCGUACAUUCAUUUGACGGUUUGGGUGGUCCACAUAUAACAGUCAACGAAAUUGACGUCUUAGUCACAAGCUCGGAUCUCCCCAAGUGAUUUUAUGACUUCUGCCAUGUGAAUC